GAAAGGAGUAAAAGCGGGCCGGGCGCCGUGGGCUGGCCCGUGGGAUGGCGGAUGAGGAAGAGGACCCCACUGUGAGUGACCGCCUCUGUGCCCACCCGCUCUUCUCCUCCCUCCCUCCCUCUCCCCCGGGGGCCGUGGCGGAGGCCGAGGUCGGAGUCGGGUCUGCUUUCCUGAGAGACUUAGGCCGGGAGAGCCGGGGGCUCGACGCGUUUGAGGAAGAAAAUGAAGAAAUUGGAGGAGGUGCAGAAGGUGGGCAAGGUAGAAGAAAGAGACUUUUUUCUAAAGAAUUACGAUGUAUGAUGUAUGGGUUUGGGGAUGACCAGAAUCCUUAUACUGAAUCAGUAGAUAUUCUUGAAGACCUUGUUAUAGAGUUCAUCACUGAAAUGACUCACAAGGCCAUGUCAAUUGGAAGACAAGGGCGGGUCCAAGUUGAAGAUAUCGUCUUUUUGAUUCGGAAGGACCCAAGGAAGUUUGCUAGAGUUAAAGAUUUGCUCACUAUGAAUGAAGAAUUGAAACGAGCUAGAAAAGCAUUUGAUGAAGCAAACUAUGGAUCUUGACAACUUCUAGACUUGCUGAAGCUUCCUUGUCUUCUGAGGAGACUGAAUACAUAACCAUGUUUUCCAUAGUAAGGUCCCGAUCACUAGCGAUGUAAGUGGAAGGUGGAGAAGCACAAAGUUUCCCACCUUUAUUUUCAUGUCUUCUGUUUAAGAGUGAUAUUUGAGCCCUAAUUUGUUUGGCUCAGUAGAUAGAGCAAUGGCCUGCCGACUGAAGGGUCUCAGGUUCCAUUCCAAUUGAGGGCACAUGCCUGGGUUGCGGGCUGGAUCCCCAAGGCAGCCGAUCAGUGAUUUUUCUCUCAUCAUUGAUAUUUCUAUCUCCCUCUCCCUUCCUCUCUUGAAUCAAUUAAAAAAAUAUAUUUUUUUUUUUAAUUAAAAAAAAAGUGUUAUUGGAGCCUUUAACUACCUGCCAUUAUACAACCAUACCUGAAUUACUUAUUGGGUUUUAAUGACCAUACAUAAGUUAAAGGAUUGCAAACCAUGUAGUUAGUACCUUCUGACUUUUGACUAUCUAAACCAGCAGUUGCCAGCCAUUGGUCCUUGGACCACUGGUGGUCCAUGAGGUCGGAAAGGUUGGCGAUGGCUGAAUUCUAAACAAGUAUUUAUGUAUCAGGUGUAUUUUGCCGUUGUAGGGCAUGCUCUUUAUUUUUUAAAUAAUUCUUUAUUGUUGAAAGUAUUACAUAUGUUCCCUUUAUCUCCCCUUUGACCCCCUUCAACUUCCCUCUCCAGGGCAUGCUCUUUAAUAUGUGACCUCUAAAUGGCAUCUUUGACUUUCUGAUAGCUAAGACAUGAUAAUUAAAAGUUAAAAGCUUUAAGACGGCAGUAAUCUGAAAGGUUAUUAAAAGAUAGGGAAAUGAUUUGUGUUUCUUUUAAGGAGAAGAUGUAGAAGAAAAUACAGUCUUUUGUAGGAAUGUUUAUCUAUCUUAAGGUAAUACUCCGUUUUAAUAUUCUUUCCUUUGGAUAGGAUGCUUUUUUGGAGGGAGAAAUUAAAAGGUUCAUGUGAGUGCUUCAUGUUGAAGACUUUUUUGAUUUAAAACCUCUUGGGCUUAUACUAUUUUUCAAGUUUUAAGAAAACUAAUUUUCCCAGGCCAGGUUUCCCUUCAGUAUAAAAAUAAAUGCUUUCAGUAGCAGGAAUGGCAUUGUUAAAAAGCUAAUGGCAAGACAAGCAUUUAGGUGUUUUAUUAACAUUUGUUAGUACUUGUUCAUUGUGGAAAUGUGUAUUUGUCUAAACUAUGUGUGGCUAUGGAAACUACUUUUGUAGAUCAGGAUAUAGAGCUUUUGUGUGUAUUUAGCUUAUUGUAUUAAAUUAUUGUACUUGGCUUAAAUUCAGGAUUACAAUUGCAUUUAGGGGAUCACUGAAUAUUACUCUGAAACUGAAUGUGUGCCACUUCUGAACACCUAUGAAUCAGUACUUAGGAGAAUUUUACUUUCUUAACCUAUUUUAAGUCUGAAAAAUUAAAAAAGAUCAAUACUA